AUGGCGGACGCAGAGCUGACGGACGAGCGCAAGCGCAUCUUGCAGACGCGGCGCACUGUGCGCAAGGCGAAGAAGAGCAAAGCCAAGCAGCUCAAGCUGGCCAAGCAGCAGGCGCGACGCGAGAAGAAAGCGGAGAUCGUGGCCAGGGUGCGGGCCAAGCGCGAGGAGGCGCAGACCGCCGCCGGCCACGGCAACGAAGGCGGCUGUUGGCUCUGUGGCGACACGACGCACGUCAAGCAGAGCUGCCCCAAUCGCGCAGCGGGAGACCUCAAUCGGACGUGUUUCCAGUGCCGUCGGCGCGGCCACACUGCGCACAACUGCCCGCAAAAGAGCUUUGGCACGAGCAGUGACGGCCAUGGCAUGGGCAGCAGCGCCCAGCUGCCGCACCAGGCGGCCGUGUGUUUCAACUGCGGCGCUCCUGAUCACGCGCUUCGCAACUGUCCGAAGCCUAUGGAGAACGGCGGGGCCGCCUUCGCUACGUGCUUUGUGUGCGGCCAGCAAGGCCAUCUCAGCAGCAAGUGCCCGAAGAACACCAUGGGCGUGUACCCGAAAGGCGGCUGCUGCAAAUUGUGCAAGAGCGUCGACCAUUUGGUGCGCGACUGUCCUGUUGGCCGCAUCUCUGCGACCAGCAACAAGGGCGGCCAGCAGCUCGCGAACACGAAGAUCACGUUUACAGAUGACGACGAGGACGGAGGGACUCAAGAUGGAGCAGAAGCGACAGGCGACGCUCUUGACUCGGGUCCGAUUAGAGGCAUGGAGCAAAAUGACGAAGGCGACAGUGACAGCCACACCAAGAAGCGCGAGGUGUGCCGGACGAGCUCUAGAGGACAGAAUCCCAAACGAGUCAAGUUCUAA